AUGGCGAGCAAAAAGAAGAAAUCGCAGAAGCAGAAGACUGCUACUGGCACGGGUACAGGAAAGAGUAUUCAAAAACGCAAGAAGGCAGUUUCUCGACGCAAUGAUAGAUGGGCGUCGGCCGCCGCUCCGUUGCCUAGCCUCGUCGUGCGACGGCCUGCGCCAGUUAUAUCCUCAAAGCACACCACGUAUUUUGAGAUUGUUGAGAACACAGAAAAGAAGAAGAAAUUGGAAUUCCAGGUUACAACAGACCGUACUCCACCGCCAGGGUUUGAAUUUGUCCCGAUUGGUAACCCGGACCUUACCAAGGCUUGUAAGGAGCUCUCGAGAGAGCAAGAUGCCAUGAUCUUCAUCGUCUCGGCUAUGGACCACGGCGACGGCAGUCAGCUCGGUCUACACAUGAACCGAGUCGGUCAUCACAUCCGGCGAACCAUCGUCGAACAAGCUAGGACCUCACUGGGUCAAUCUUUGGAAUACUUCCUGGAGACAGCUAGUGACAAACGUCCAGAGCCAAUUCCUGAUACCCAAGAGGAGAUCAAUGCCCAAGCAGAUGCUGCACUAAGAGACCUAUUUCCGCGUAUGCCAAAUACAGACAGACAGAUGGUCAUUGACCGCUCAUUUCGGAAGGGAGGCGGAGAAACAGUAGGGCUGGCAGCCGACCUGACUCUGUCACGACGGGUGCAGCUCGCCGUUCUUGCACAUAUUCGCCAUACCCAUACCACGUACGACGAGCUCUGGAGGACUCAUGGCUGGGCCACCGCCAGGAAAGCAAUCGAGGCCACAUGUCUCGACUUUAUCGUCAAGUGGCGAGGAGACGAAGAGACUGGCCGGGAUCAGUUGGAUGAGAUCCUACGGGAGGUGAUUGUCAUCUCAGACUCUGAGGAUUCUGACGAUGAUGGCGACGAGGACGAUGAUGACAGUGAAGAUGAUAGUUCGGAGACCGAGGACAGCGAUCAGACCGAGGCUGGCGAGAUUGAUGGCGAUAUGUCGUCGCCCCGCACUCAGGCUCCAUACAGGCCCGAGCCGUAUCGGCCAGGGUACGUGACUGGUGGACAAGGGGACCAGUUCCGACCGCCCCGCAUCCCAGUCAGUUCUGGGCCGACCUUCCACAGAAGACUCAACUCGACAAACUUCAGGCGCUAUGAGGCUGUUGCACAGACUCGGUGGGAGCAGGCUCAGAACAGGGUUCGCCAUGAAAAUGUCCCCCUGGUGAUUGCUGCUCCUUCGGUGCCCUUGCGCAGCGUCGACAAUCAUUCGGAUAUGCAGCCCUACCAACCCUACAAUCCGCGCGGCCAACAAGUAGCACCUCCAAGUAGGGGCAAUGGCCGUCCUGGCCUGCUCCCUGCUGAGGAGAUUCUCAGCGGCCCUUCUCGUCCAGUGGACCCAAGGGCAUCCAUUUCAACAGCAGUCAAAGGUUUGGAGCUUAAGGACUAUCUGGUUCCUUCAAUCGAGCCUAGAUCUCCCGAAAAUCCCAACAGUCCAAUCUUUGUCCGCACUUUACCCCCACGAGUACAUGAACGACAGUCCGCUGGCAUAUCAGUUCGGCGACGGUCUCGCAGCCCGGCCUAUCGCUCUCCACAACCCUCUGCAGCGUUUGACCGCACUGAAGAGCGUGGUUAUCUCAAUCCUGACCCUAACACGGCGGCUAAGUACCGGAUUAGUGGCGGAGGAUUGUCCUCUAGACCUGUCGGCUCGUCUGAUGUGAUCGGCAUGUCGGAGCGGAACCAAGGCUCAUACUUGGUAUUGCCUGACGACAGAAGGGAGUAUAUGGAUAUGCGUUCGCACCAGCACCAUCAUACUUCUCGCUCCCAUGGCUUACUGGCAGCUUCACAGCAUUGGCCGUCACAACGUGGCAUCGCGCCAACAGUUGGAGUCGAGCCUCGAGGUCCUUACUCUAAUCAUCGCGAGACCGUGCUCCUUAGAACGGAGCGCCGUCCCAUUUUGGUUGAGGAUUGGGAUAGAAGAAGAAAUGUUGAGCAGCUCAUGUCAACAGGCAGCGGUGGGUGGCCGGUGUCGGCAGAUGAUGCUCGCUCUGCUGCCAGGCCUGUGUUUGCAUCCGCCCGCCCAUUUCUUCCUGAUAGCACAUAUACUCCGACAAUGCGGGAACGCGGCUUGAUGCAACCUGAUAUUGCUGGUCUUCCUGUGGUUGACCACAAUGAUCCUCGAGCUGCAGCAUAUUCCAGGCGUUUAUUACCAUCAAGAGAAGUCUACUCCCAAUCUCAAGUACGGAAUAUCCCACAACAUCGCGAACAACUGCCGAUGCAGCCUCGUGGUGCGAUUGUCAGACCGCCAUCCCCUCAAUACCGUCCACGGCCAGAGGAUGCGUCUUGUCAACGACAUCAUAUUCUCGGCGAGGAAAUACCUUCCAUGCGAUUUGACGAUGAGCGCCCUACGACAGAUGGACUUAGAGAGCCCCACUGGACCAGAGUGGCACCGCCUGCGGGCUUGAUGCAUGCGGGACAUGCGUCUCGAGAAAGACAGUACGUCAAUGAGACCGAGCAUCGCCCAUCCACCUUCGCCCCACGUGUAGAGUACAUCCACCUCGAUUAAAAAAACAAGCCUUGGGUUUAAAUCUCAAAAUUCCCAUUGCCGGUUUUCGACCACAAUACGAAGUAUACGAGAGUGAGUCCAGCAGAGCACUGGUUUAAUGUAUAAGAGUAAUUUUUAGUGGAUGAUGGUCUUCAUGUGGCUGGAGGAAACAUUUUGUUUGGCGCGACUCUUGUGAGGACGUGAGGAAUACGGCUGGGGCAAAUCGUGUUUUCGAUUCGGAAGAUACCCGGGAUACAUUAGUGUAUACCAUUCCAUGGGCAAGGCGAACGGAGUUUGUGAUUUUUGUACGGACAAUAAAUAGUAGAAAAAUCAUUUGAGUAAGGGAAACCCAAAUAUUGACUUUCA